AUGGUACUUAUCCAAGCCAGGGAAAAAUUUGCUUGCAGCAAUCCAUCAACAGAAUCAACCUGCACAACUGAGUCCAACAUGUAUAAAUCCUGCAGAAAAGAAAAGCUCACUUUCCGCCUUCUUCAUCAUGACAACUUCACUACCAUUGUCAAAGUUGCCAAAUGGGGACAGGCCAUAUACAUAAACAUUCAAAAAUUUGUGCAGUUUCAGUUAACUGUCAAUGUUGUUGCUCUAAUUGCUAACUUCGUUUCUGCAAGCAUCACUGGAGCUGCUCCAUUAACGGCUUUCCAGUUGCUUUGGGUUAACUUGAUUAUGGACACCCUUGGUGCAUUGGCCUUGACUACGGAACCUCCUAAUGACGGACUUAUGGAUCGACAGCCAGUUGGAAGGAAAGUAAGUUUUAUUACCAAACCAAUGUGGAGGAAUAUCUUUGGUCAGAAUUUCUAUCAACUAAUUGUCCUUGGAGUUCUAAAUUUUGAGGGGAAGAGGCUAUUGGAACUAAGUGGCCCAGAUUCAACUGCAGUACUCAACACUUUGAUAUUCAACUCCUUUGUACUUUGCCAGGUGUUCAAUGAGAUAAACAGCAGAGAAAUUGAAAAGAUAAACAUAUUCAAAAGCAUGUUUGACAACUGGAUAUUUCUAAGUGUUAUUCUCGCCACAGCGGUAUUUCAAGUAAUCAUAGUUGAGUUCCUUGGAACAUUUGCCAGCACAGUUCCUCUAACCUGGCAAUUCAGGUUACUCAGUGUGUUAUUGGGUGUAUUUAGCAUGCCUCUAGCUGUUAUACUCAAAUGCAUACCAGUUGAAAACCUAAAACAUCAAGCAAACCUUAACAAACCCUGCAUUCACAUCAUGAGCAACAUCAUGUAA